CACCGCCGCCACCGUCACCCGCCCGGCCAGCCAUGGCACCCCGUGGGUCCCUGCUGCUGCUGGCCCUGCUGCUGCUGGCCUCCGCCGUCCCCCGCUGCCCCGGCCAGCACUGGUCCCACGGCUGGUACCCGGGGGGCAAACGGGACCUCGCCCCCCCCCCCGGGCCCUGCAGGUCUCGGUCCCGUUCUUUCGCUGCCGCCCCCCCCCCGUGCCCCCCUGGGCGGGAGGAGCCGUUGCUGGGGGCUGCGCUGCGCCGCCGCUGAGCGGCACCCACCGACAGACCCCCCCGG